AUGGCUGCAGUGUUUGUGCCGCCGUCGCCUCGAACAUCCAUGAACAUGUCGACUCGCCGCCCGCUCGCUAACGUGCCGAAUGCAACCAAUUCCCCCCAUCGGACUGGGCUCGUCCCAGCUAAACGAGCUAGAUCUGGACAGGUCGACAUACCUUUCGGUCAACCUCCACCCAAGAAACACGUCAUGGACGCGGUAGAGCAGGACCGAAAUCGCCUCGUUGUCCCCCAAGGACCCGAGUCGAAGCUGUUUGCGCGUCGAAGCAACAAUGCAAACCCGAGUGCCUUUGAAAAAAAACUUGUGGCCGCCCGAGAGAAAGAGAGAGUGACUCAACCGAAGACUAAGAAUGACAGACCGGCGGCCGAUACCAUCGACACAAUUCGACAGUGGCAGCGACACUACCGCAAGGCCUUUCCUCAGUUUGUGUUCUAUUUCGACAGUAUCCCGGAGGACGUCCGUUGCAAAUUCUCACGGCAAGUUGUGGCACUUGGAGCGUGCGAGGAAAAGUUCUUUUCUAGACUAGUCACCCAUGUUGUGACUGCUCGUUCGAUUCCUCCCGAGGCCGCGCAUACCAAUAAUCCAGCAGAAGACACUAGCAACGAGACCAAUGGAGCUUCUGGAGAUCACACGCAAACCGUCAACCCCUCUCUACUCGAAAAGAAUGGAGACGGUCAUUUGCAAGUCUCGUUGAAGAUCGAGGGGCGUCGGGAUCAGGGAAGCAUGGAUGUGUUGCAGAGAGCCCGACAGAUGGGAAUGAAGAUUUGGGCACUGGAAAAGUUGCAACGGAUGAUCACCACGAUCAAUGACAACGACAUUGGCGGACAAAGUGAAAACGUGUCUCGAAGCAAACAGGUCGGUGCCAGCACCACUCAUGGAAAGGGAGAAAAUGAUCUUUCUCGCGUCCUUCGACAGGAACUACUCAAUGGUCCGUCCGAUCGUGAUCCUUUCGCCUCUAUGGAGAUGGUUGUGUUCAAGGGUCCUUUCAUCUACAUCCACGAUAUGAACGAGAAGACCAAACCGGUCAUGGUGAGAGAGUACGCGAGAGUCAACAGACGGCAAGACGGCGCAUGGCCACAGUUCCGGAGUGCGCCUUUGGGCAAAUGUCCCUUCAUUGACGAGCCACCAAGCCGAAAGGAAUACGACAGACAGCGGCUACGCCAAGCCCAGAAGGAGAAGAAGAUAGCGCUGCAAACUGCGGAGGGAUUGAAGACCAAAGUCUCGAAGAGUGUCAAGGCGAAUGCCCAGACCCAGCGGCCCACUGAUAAGAAGCUAGUUGGCGAUGUAUCCAAGGCUGAAGAGCCUCCUAUCAAAAAAGAGGUCUUUGCAAAGCCAAGUUUAGAAGACAUCAAUGAGCGAAAGAGCUCCGAGAGCCUUAUUCCGCCCCAUUUUCCUCGCACGGGUCCAUUCUACAGCGGCCGCGAACCCGCCGCAUCUGGUGUGCAGCCAUCCAACGUGACUUCCGCAAUCCGCUCGCAGAUGAUCUCAUCCACUGCCGCUGCCCCCGGCGCCAAGGCUGGACUCAGCAAGGAAGUGCAUGGUUUGAAGCGAAAGGUUUUGGAAAAGGGGACUGGUAGCAUCGUGCCUGGACCUAUGGCUGCGCCUCAACGUCCCAAUCAUGGAUCCGGCUCAUUCUGCAAGCAAGCGGAUGUCAAAAAAGUGAGCAUUGGGGAGACUACCACCCAAGGAGAUGCAACCAGCAUGAAGCGGCGACGAGAUGACGUUGUCGCUCCUCAAAAGGUUGAACGGAAGAGAGAUCCCAAACCUGGCUAUUGUGAGAACUGCCGGGAUAAGUUCGACGAUUUCGAAGAGCAUACCAUGACACGAAAACACCGGCGAUUUGCGCAAAAUUCUUCUAACUGGAACGAUCUUGACGCUCUCUUGUUUGAUAUUCAACGACCUAAAGAUGAGUGGGACUGGGAGUCUUGA